AUGCGCCCGGCCACGUUUUCUGCUCCUCGCUUCGCUAGAGCGCAAGCCUCCGGUCUGCAAAUCAAUUCUGGCCGAUUAUGGGAGACUCUCCACGAAACAUGCCGGUGGGGUGCGGCUAAUCGUUACGGCGAGAAGCCCACAGAUACGGGAAUGUCCCGUCUGACUCUCUCGGACGAUGAUGCCCGUGUGCGACGAUGGUUUGCUACAGAAAUCGAAAAACUAGGAGGCACCCUCACAGUCGACCAGAUGGGAAACAUGUUUGCUCGUCGGGCUGGCAAAUUAGGGUCUCCCGCGCCAAUGACUGCCAUGGGAAGUCAUCUCGAUACCCAACCUCGCGGCGGUCGGUACGAUGAUAUUCUCGGCGUUGUUGCGGCGCUGGAAGUCCUGAGAACGCUGCACGAAACCGGAUUCAAGACUAAUUACGAUGUGGGAGUGGUGAACUGGACCAACGAGGAAGGUGCGCGAUUCCCAAAGUCAAUGAGUUCCUCUGGUGUCUGGGCCGGCGCCAUUCCGGUAGAAAAUGCCUGGAAUUUAAGUGACAUCCACGACCCGAGCGUGACCUUGCGGUCGGAAUUGGAGCGACACGGUUUUCUCGGGGAGACUGCUUGCUCAAGUGAUCCAAAUACUGGAUACCCAUUAGGUGCCCAUUUCGAGCUGCACAUCGAACAGGGGCCGAUCCUGCAAGAGACAAGCAGAUCACUAGGUGCUGUCAUCGGUGCACAGGGAUAUAGGUGGUUGACUUCCACGGUCACUGGGAGAGAUGCACACACCGGGACCACCCCAUUCAGUGCGCGUCAAGAUCCCCUCCUCGCGGCAUCCAAGAUGAUUGUUGCUUCAAAUGCUGCUGCGCAACGACAUGGGGCGCUGGCGUCGACUGGUGUGAUUCGCAUACCCUCAGACGCCUCUACGAAUACCGUUGUAUCGCAAGUCGCCUUUACUUUGGAUAUUCGACACCCCGAAGAUGAUGUUGUCCACACCGUCCAGAAGGAAUGUCUCGACGAGUUCCAUCGCAUUGCAUCAGAAGACGGGAAAGGCGUCGGCUUCACAUGGACCCUGGAUACAGAUUCGCCUGCCGUCAAGUUCCACGAGGAUGCCGUUGGUGCUGUGAAAUGCGCAGCAGAGCUUCGUGUAGGAACAAACAAAUGGAUGGAGAUCACUAGCGGUGCAGGCCAUGACAGUGUGUACGCCAAUCGACACUGUCCCACAGCCAUGAUCUUUGUCCCAUGCCAGGAUGGAGUCAGCCAUCAUCCAACUGAAUACUGCAAGCCCGAAGACUGUGCCCUUGGAACACAAGCUCUACUCGAAUCCAAAAGCGGUAUCAUGUCAUCUCGACGCCCAAUCUACUUCAACCCCGAAGCCGCCAGCGCGCGCUGUUCCUUUUCGCCCGUUGACGGCCUCGAGCAAUUUCACAAAUCUCUGCCAAACUACAGUCCCAGUCCUCUUGUUCCGCUACCUGAACUCGCAGCGGAACUUGGAGUUCGCGCUGUAUUCGUGAAACAUGAAAGCAAUCGCUUCGGCCUUCCAUCUUUCAAAGUGCUCGGUGCGUCGUGGGGAUGUUGUCGCGCCGUCGCGUCAUAUUUGGGUCUCCCGCCCACGGUCAGCCUGGGAGAGUUGUCGGCGAAGGCAAAGACCGCGCAUAUUAGUUUAUUAACCGCUACUGAGGGAAACCAUGGCCGAGCGGUUGCGUUUGUUGCGAGGCUGUUAUCGCUUGAUGCUCAUGUCUUCGUCCGCAAAUCAAUGGACAACAACACCCGUGGGUUUAUUCAAGGCGAGGGAGCCAAGGUACAUAUCGUUGAUGGCGAUUAUGACAAGGCUGUGGCAGAAGCAACAGUGGCUGCCAAUCAGACAGACGGUGGUCUUUUGAUCCAAGACACGGCAUUUGAUGGGUAUGAGGACGUCCCCUCUUGGAUUGUGGAAGGGUACUCGACGAUGAUGAACGAGAUUGACAGCCAAUUGGCCGAGCAGCACCUGCAAAGCACUGUCUUGAUAUCUCCCGUAGGAGUGGGAAGCCUCGCACAAGCUGCAGCGCUCCAUUGCAAAUCUCGAUCAAGCCCGGUAUCAAUGGUCACUGUAGAGCCUGACUCGGCGCCUUGUCUCAUCGCUAGUUUGGAGGCCGGUAAUCUUGUCUCUGUUCCAACAUUCUCGACUAUCAUGAACGGCAUGAACUGCGGCACUGUUUCUUCCAUCGCAUGGCCUCACUUGAAACGACUCGUUGAUGCCGCUGUUACCAUCUCUUGCUUCGAGAGUCAUUCUGCAGUGCAGUAUCUGGCAUCGCGCUCUGUGGCAGCUGGCCCUUGUGGAGGUGCUUCGCUGGCUGCACUCCGUCGCUUGGCUUCUGCAGAAGAGAAAAGAUCUCUCCUUACUAGUAAAUCGGUUGUUGUUCUUCUCUGUACCGAGGGCCCCCGGAAAUAUGGCGUUCCCCUGGAUGUGUCUCCAGAUGACGCCGUCACUCUCACGCAGAUGUUGACCAGCAUUGACUCAUCAAGUCCUACUUUGUCACAAGGCAGUGGUGCUGGCGAAAAUGAGAUAGUGAAAUAUCUAGAAGCGUGGAAUCAGCAUCGUGGGAUCGAACAUCAUCGAGUUGAGACUGUUCCAGGCCGCCCGUCAAUCGUGGGAAGGCUGCGUGGUACUGGCACAGGCAGAUCACUGAUGUUUAAUGGUCACAUUGACACCGUCAGUCUUUGCAGCUACGAGAAAGAUCCGCUGUCGGGCAAGCUUGGAGAGAAGAAUGGUCGACCAGUAAUCUUCGGAAGAGGGUCUUUAGACAUGAAAGGCGGUCUUGCCGCUGCCCUCGCUUCUAUUUCUACAACUAUUGCUGAUGGGUGCAUACCACGGGGAGAGAUUAUAGUGGCGGCCGUUGCCGACGAAGAAGAUACUUCACAAGGAACUCAAGACAUUUUGGCUGCCGGGUGGCGCGCUGAUGCUGCAGUCAUCCCUGAGCCUACCAAUGCUGCAAUUGUCACUGCCCACAAAGGCUUUCUUUGGGUAGAGCUCGACAUACUUGGCGUUGCUGCUCACGGUUCUCUACCUUCCGAGGGAGUAGAUGCUAUCCUCCAUGCUGGCAGUUUCCUUCAUGCACUCGAGGUGUAUCAAAAGCAGCCACCAACCGACCAAAUCCUAGGCCAGGCAUCUUUGCACUGCGGAUUGAUAUCAGGUGGUGAAGAACCAUCCUCUUAUCCUACGAAAUGCACCAUUACCGUCGAAUUUCGCACAGUACCAUCCCAAACCGAAGAAUCAAUUCUCCAUGACUUGGGAGUUAUCCUAGAGGGUAUCGCGAGGGAAAAGCCCGAGUUCCGAUAUACCCAACCUCAAGUCACACUGUCUCGCCCAACACAAAAUCUGGCGUUUGAUCAUCCACUUGCUCAAAGGACAGCAAACAUAGCCGAAACAAUCCUAGGUGCCCGACCUCCAAUCCAGGGCAAAGCCUUCUGGUGCGAUGCAGCGUUGCUCGAUAAAGCUGGGAUUCCCACCAUUGUAUUUGGUCCUGCAGGUGAGGGAUUGCACGCUAAAGAGGAAUGGGUCGAGGUUGAAAGCCUGAAGCAGAUGGAAGCUAUCUACGCCAAAUUGAUUCAAGAAUUUUGUCUAUAA